AUGUUACCUUCCAUUUUGGAUGAAUUGAAUUCUCUCGUCGAUGCGUAUUAUGAACAAGUUACUGCAAUCCAUGCUCGUACCAUGAGAUUGUAUUACGCAAGUGGUUUAUUAGCAAUCAUUACUUUUGGAACGAGUAUGCUUGCCUUCAUGUGUUGGUAUUUCUGUUGCUUCAGAAAACGAAAUAACAAAAUGAUGCAACAAUUGGAAAUACGUGUAAAGUCCGAACUCCAACAGGUGAUUGAAAGAGAAAAUGUAAAAUUGCAAAAUCAUGGUUUGGAAUUAGUGGGUCAUCAUAAGAAAGAACCUAUUCGUAAAGGAAGAAGAAUGGUGUUGGAAGAUAGUUUUCAGGUGGAGCUUUUUGCUUUCAGGUGUCAAAAUAAUCAUGUAUCAAGAGGAAACAGUAAUCAUCCAGCCAGUGCAAUGCCCUAUUACCAACAAUAA